ACAGUUCGUAGUCGUACUCCUAGCGCUGCUUCGGCUGCUUCCACUUCAAUCUUCUUUCAUUCAUUCAUUCACUCACUAGUCACACUAUAUAUAACAACUCAUCAUUCGCUAACCCACAUUCUCACCAAAAACACCAUAUCAUUUCUCUGCUUUCUAUUUAUAUUUAUAUUUAUCCUCACGCUUUGCUCAUUCAUUGCCUCACCAACCAUUACUUCAUUUUCUUUGUUGUCUUAGCGUCAUGUAACUUCCUCAUCUUCUUCUUGUGACUCUGGUAUGCUCCAUUCUCCUUGCAAAACACACAAAGUUUUAAGUAAUUUUGAAUUUUUAUUAUUAAAGCACCCUUUUUCUAUCCUCAUUUUGUUCCAAAGUUACUCCAAAGUGUUAGUUCUGAUCAACUGCGCCAUCUUCCUCGUGUAAAUGUGUAACCGCUCUGUUAUCCUCAAAUGCUUCUGAAAUUAUAACUAAUGCAUGUGGCAAUGAUGAGUUUCCGUUAGAAAUUUAUGUUCAUUUAAUUUGAGUUUAGUUUGGUGGGUGUGUCAUGUAACUUGGAUACAGGUUAGCGAAACUUUCCAUCACCCUGGUAACUAUUAGAAGAGUUGUGCAAAAUCCGUGUCGUUUUGGUUCAAUUACUAACUCAUUUUGUUAUUAAGAUAAUAUGAUCUAUUCAUUCUUCCUAUUGUUCUAUGAAAUGUAAAUUAUCCAAGUUGGUUCAUUUAUUUAUUUUCCUCAAUCAUGACAAAUGGACAUCCAUUUCCCCUGCUUUCCUCUUUAGGAAGAGUAUGGCAUAUAGGGUUCUGGUUUCUUAGCCUAAACUUUUGAUUGAGUUUUUUUUUCCAAAUGUACAACUUUGAUCACAAUUUUUGUUUCUCAAGUCCUUUGAAGUGAUUCGUUAUCUUAGAAUCACAUAUUCUGUUUCAUUUCAUUGUACUAUAACGGAUAACUUAAGACCUUCAUGGAAGAAACAUUUGUUCCCUUUCGCGGGAUCAAGAAUGAUCUCAAAGGAAGAAUUCUCUGCUAUAAGCAAGAUUGGACCAGUGGAUUCAAGGCAGGCAUCAGGAUCCUUGCCCCAACUACAUACAUAUUUUUUGCAUCAGCUAUUCCUGUUAUCUCUUUUGGGGAGCAAUUAGAGAGAAAUACUGAUGGAACUCUAACUGCAGUGCAGACCCUAACAUCGACUGCGCUAUGUGGCAUUGUCCAUGCAAUCCUUGGAGGGCAACCUCUCCUCAUACUAGGUGUAGCUGAGCCAACUGUUCUGAUGUAUACAUUCCUAUACGAUUUUGCAAAGGAUAGAAAAGAUUUGGGGCAAAGGCUGUUCCUCGCUUGGGCUGGAUGGGUAUGUGUUUGGACUGCCUUAUUGCUGUUUUUGUUGGCCAUCCUUGGUGCAUGCUCUAUUAUUAACAGAUUCACACGCCUUGCUGGUGAACUAUUCGGUCUGUUGAUCGCAAUGCUCUUCAUGCAGCAGGCCAUAAGGGGGCUAGUGGAGGAGUUUGGUGUACCACACCAAAGAGAAGGUAUCAAUCAGAUUGCACACCAAUCCUCUUGGCUGUUUGGGAAUGGAAUGUUCGCCUUGGUUUUGUCAUUUGGCCUUCUGUUUACUGCAUUAAGAAGUCGUAAAGCUAGAUCGUGGCGUUAUGGCACAGGUUGCUUGAGGGGAUUUAUAGCUGAUUAUGGAGUUCCUCUUAUGGUUCUUAUGUGGACUGCUGUGUCUUACAUACCAGCCAAUAAUGUUCCAAGGGGAAUCCCAAGGCGGCUUUUCAGUCCAAAUCCAUGGUCUCCUGGUGCAUACUCAAAUUGGACUGUAAUCAAGGAUAUGUUGAAUGUGCCUCUUAUUUAUAUAAUUGGAGCAUUUAUACCAGCAACUAUGAUUGCUGUGCUUUACUACUUUGAUCACAGUGUUGCAUCCCAACUUGCUCAGCAGAAGGAAUUUAAUUUAAGAAGACCCUCUUCUUAUCAUUAUGAUCUUCUUCUCUUAGGCUUAUUAGUAAGUAAUUUAUUUUGAAUACUUGGAAACAAUU